CAUGCCUCAACCCAAUCACGGCAUCCAACGGGCUGAGCCAGCAGGAGCAAGUUACAGCGACUGUAGACGCAAGCAUGCAGCCGCCAUGGGCUGCUACGCAACUGAUUGCUGUGGAGAAUUUCUCAGAGCCGGCAUAGAUGGAACUAGUGAUGCUUUUCUCUGCACUGCCUGCGGUUGCCACCGUAGCUUCCAUAGAAAAGAGAUGCUAAACAACCCACAUUAUUCGCUUCCAGUGCUUCAUAAUGAACUUACCGGUGGUGGGUUCAAUAGAGAAAAGAAAAUGAAGACGAAGCGGACAAAGCUUAACCCUGAACAGAAGGAUAAAAUGAAGAGAUUUGCAAAUAAGUUAGGAUGGAGGCCACAGAAUCAUGAUGAAGAAGUUGAACAGUUUUGUGACAAAGUGGGAAUCAGCCGGAAGAUCUUUAAAGUUUGGCUCUGUAACAACAGACGCCGCACGGAGGGAAGCUGUGUGGUUACUAAAGAGCAGAGUCAUCAGGAUGUAGAAGAAGAUUAAACGGCUCUCAGAGGACUGGACAAGGGAGCCUCGAUCUUAGACUUGAGAGUGGAAUGCCAGGAUCUAGAGAAGUUCUCUGUGAUCAAUCGCUUUGCAAAGUUCCAUGGCAGGGGGCACACCGAGGGGGCUGAGACCUCAUCAUCCGCUGGUGCAAAUGCUCAGAGAUUCUUCCCCCAGAGAUAUGUGACUGCACUUCCAAUGCCUAGGCAUCUCCCUGACAGUGUACAAUGUCUUUCACUUUGAUCAUUAAUUAAUUGAUUUUUCCCUCUUUCUGGGCCAUUUUUUUCCACAUCCCCCAUGCUUAAUUUUUGUAUCUUCUUCCAAAUUAUGUACUCAGCAUUUGCUCAUUAUUGAACCACACAAAUGGGAAUGUAGGAGAAGAAAGUCUCCUUAAACGCUGUGGAGACUGUUAGAUAUUCGUCUAAGCCAUUGAUGCCAUUCUUCAGAAUCAUAAAUUGGUCUUUGUAUACUUCUUUCGAAGUCUAGAGAAAAAAGUAGGUGCCCCUGUGAUAUUUUUUUCAGUAUAUGGGGAGAACAGGAGCUCUUUCUGUUUUUUUAAAGGUGCUCAUACAUAGCUUAAGUUCAAGGUAAAUUAUGUGUAUUCUCAUCAUUGAUGCUUUGAAUCAUGAGGUUCAAUUAACGGUGUAAGUGUUUUAUAUUGCUUCCUUUUUCAUCUA